AAAACUCGCAGCUGAAGUUUGAAGAGUGUCUUCCCGCCCGCGGGGGGGACCGGAGACACCCACCCGUGUGCCGUGGCAGGGACCCAGCAGCCCCCGGCAAUGAGGAGUGAGGGACUGCAGAGGAGCAUCCCUGGGUGACAGCCCCUGGCUGUGAAUAGUCGCUGGAAGAUUUUUUUUUUUUUUUUAUUGUGGCUACUUUUAAAUUUUUUUUUGUAUUUUGUGUGGGUUCCUGGUGUUGUGUGGAAGGCAGCCAGCACCCAGCUCAGGAGGUGACCCCAUGCCACAUCGCCCGUGGGUGGUGAAGCACAGAAGUAGGAGCGCAUUGGCUGGUACGACGAGACAUGGCCCAGCGACCAUGGCGAAGGACGGGGAUGAAGCCUCCUGCCCCGAUGGCCCUUGGGGUGCUGCUGACCCUGACCCUGCUGGCCAUAGCCUGCCUGCCCCCAUCACCAGACCGGUCCCCCCGCCUGCUGCCAGCAUCACCCCCACCAGGCCCCUGGGUGGAGGUGGCCAGUCCCCUCUCUGGAGGACGAGCCCACAGCAGAAGGUCACCCGCACUCCCUGCACACCUGCAGCAGGACCAGCAGCCCAGCCGGGGAAGGAGGCAACGACGAGGGGUGGCUGGGGAGGCUCCCCCAUGGUUCUCCAGUGAUGACCUCCAGAAGAUGCGGCUGCUGGCCAACGGGCAGGUGGUCUCCAAAACCCGCGUCCCAGGCCAUGGACAAGUUCUGCGAGUGGAGCUGCGGGCCGUGGGGAAUGUUGAGGGGGACACCUCACCAACCAGCCCGGAGGAGGACUGCCGGGAUGGACGCUGUGGGCUCAUCAAGCGCCCUGGGGACCUCUACGAGGUGCUGGCCUUCCACCUGGACAGGGUCCUGGGACUGAACCGCAGCCUGCCCGCCGUGGCCCGGCGCUUCACCAGCCACCUCCUGCCCUACAGCUACACUGACGGCUCCCUGCGACCCAUCAUCUGGUGGGCACCUGACGUCCGGCACCUGGAGGAUGCCAACAAUGACCAGAACUCCUGCGCCCUGAGGUGGCUGCAGUACCAGGAGAUGCUGCGUCCCCACAGAUCGACACUGGCAGCUGGGGAUGGUCCCUGCUCCAGCAUCCCACAUGGCGAGUGGAGUCGUCUGGCCCUCUUUGACUUUCUCCUCCAGGUUCAUGACCGCCUGGACCGUUACUGUUGUGGGUUUCAGCCCGAUCCCUCUGAGCCCUGUGUGGAGGAGAGGCUCCAUGAGAAGUGCCGAAACCCAGGGGAGCUGGUGCUGGUCCACAUUCUGGUCCGGAAGAGCUCACCCUCCCGCCUGGUGUUCAUUGACAACGCAGGCAGGCCACAACACCCUGAGGAGAAGCUCAACUUCAGGCUCCUGCAAGGCAUAGACAGCUUCCCGGCGGCGGCGGUGGCCACGCUGCGGUCAGGCAGGUUGCAGAGCCUGCUGCUGGAGUCACUGCGUGUGGACCAGGAGCUCUGGGAGAGCCAAGGUGGCGCCAAGGGCCUGAGACCCCUGCUGCAGACCAUCGACAGGCGGGCACGCAUCCUGCUGAGGUACAUCCAGGAGCACAACCUGACGGUGUUUGAGGACUCACCACGCUGAACUAAGAUCUGGCCAGCAUGGUGUGCCUGCCCUGCAAAUCCCAGCGGCGAUGGAUGUACCUCAUCCCCUCGGCGUGGGCGAUGAGAAACUGUGUGCAGGUGCUUGGCUCUCCAAAAGGCGUUCCCACCCCCUUGUAGGAUGUCCUGGAGAAGGAGAUGGGAUCACAGGGAGCAGGAAAAAGGAGGAGGAGGUAUCACAGAAUCACCAUGGUUGGAAGGGACCUCUGAGAUCAUUGAGAUCGUAUCUCCUGAAACAACCCAUAACUGUUUGAGAAAGACAACUGUUAUCAACUAACGGUAUCAGUAUGGAUUUUCAAAUUUUCCAUGAGAUUUUUUGGGUGCCUUCACCUCUCCACCCCCCACCGCAGAAACUUUGAAUACUUGAGGCUUGGACAGGUUGAACAGCCUACAGCUCCUGCUGGGGCUCCUUGCAGGAGGGCAUCACUGUGGCACCCUCAUGCCCACCCUUGGCACUGUAGGAAGGUGCUGCUUGCUGCCAGCACUCAGGGAACAGCAUUUGAGAGCGUGGGCAUGCACCCUCACCGGGCUUCACAUGGUGAAGACACCGAACCUUUCCACAGUGACCAAAGUGGCACGAUCCACGUUUGACAGACCACAUCCCCCAUGCACACAUUUGCACAGAUACCUACCCAGACCACCCCUCCCCAGGCACACUACUCCUGUUCAGCCUGUUCUUAGCCCCCCCUCAAAGCUGGUGACCCCCAAAUGCCACCCAGGAGCCUGCUCCAGUGCUUUGCAGUCUGCACCCUCCAUAAACUAUGUGCCUUUUUGCUGCAUUUAAGGGCCACUUCUUGAGUGGUCCUUUGUGGCCACAGGACAGCAAAUCAUAGAAUCACAUGGGGUUGGAAGGGACCUCUGGAGAUCAUCUAGUCCAACCCCCCUGCCCAAGCAGUUCCACCUAGAGCAGGUUGCACAGGAACUUGUCCAGGUGGGUUUUGAAUGUCU